AUGGCUGAGCUUGCUUGUCCGGUCUGUAAAGGCGAUACUUAUCUUAAUCCAAAUAUCAAAAUAUAUACAAGCCCCUGCUUCCAUAGGAUAUGUGAGUCAUGCUUGUACAAAAUCUUUCAGCAGGGAUAUGCGCCAUGUCCCGAAUGUGGAACACUUCUGAGAAGAAUUAAUUUUAUAACUUCCACUUUUGAGGAUAUUGAAAUCGAAAGAGAGUUGAAAAUGAGGAAACUGAUGAAUAGACAUUUUAUGAGAGAGGAAUGCGAAUUUAAUAGCGAGGUGGAGUACAACAACUAUCUUGAAGAGUAUGAAAAUGUUUUAUUUGAACUGUUGGAGUAUAAAAAUGAAAACAUGGCAAAAGAAAAAAUUAACCAAAUUAAAAACACGAGCUGUAUUCUGGUGCCUAUAGGCACUGCCAAAAAUACUGUUCAGGAUCACAGUGUAGCAAAGAAGCUGAAAGUGGUGGAAAGCUGGUACGUUUAUAGGCCAGAAGUGCAAGAAAGAUUUAUUACUGAUGAGUCGGUUUCCAUUCCAAAGGACUUCAUAACACCCUUUUCGCCAGCAGGAUUGAAAAAGAGUGAAAUACUCGAUUUCAUCGUAUAUUCACUAGCUGAAAUUGAUAAAUGA